UGCACGGCGCUAAUUUGGAGAGUUUAGUAACGAGAAACCCGCUGGGAAUAACUCGCUGUUAUUACAGACGUGUGGACGACGGCAGCUCAGACGUUUGGAGAACAUGGAUAGAACCUUUACGCAGCGUUUUCGUGACUUAGCGGACGCGUAAAAGCGCGUUCCGGAGGCGAUAUGUGUGUGUUUUUUUUUCUGUCAGGAAGUUUGACGUUUUCGACUGAAGAUCAUUUCUUGCUUUGUUUUGGUUGUGAAAAGACUUGCUUUGGCUCCGGACACCGCUCGGCAACUUUGUGACACAAACGACUGAGUUGCUACAGUUUGUGUGUUUUUGUUUUUUUGUUUUUUUUAUUCCAGUUUGUCUCUGGAGCUACGCGAAUUCCAAACAUCGAUGGACUUUAUCCAACUCUCUCGGAGUGCGAAUAAACGGCUAAAGGUGGUAUUUUUUUUUUCUGCCAUUGUCCUGUUUUGCUUCUCAGUCGUCCAUCACGUCUCUCUGAAUUAAAGUCAUCUGUACUUUUGACUUCAGGCCACAAAGGCCUUUAUCUUUUUUUUUUACCUUUACGCUGUGAUGCCAUGCAGUUUUUUGCAGCGCAGUCAUAAAAGUGACGAUAUCUGCAGCCCAGAGCGUUUUGGACUCAAACCUGGCAACGCAGACGAGUAAAAUCUGCAAUGUUAGCAGGAAGAGAGGCCAUCAAAAUCACGGAAAUCGUUCGGUGUUUCCUUCUGGCGAGCUGUUACGCACAAAUGGAUUUCAUACGGGCCACACGCUUACUGUUACACCUGGUUCUGGGAGCUUUUUAACGGGGACACAGUUCUCACUCCGGAAAAGCCUGAAAAGCGCGACUUCAGAAAAUGUUUGGGAAAUGUGAGUUUUCCAGAGAUCCGAAGAGACUUCUGCGGCGGCUCGGGAGUUUGUCUGCGGGCCACAGCUGGAUCAGUUUGAUGUAGCUUUUCCAUCGGAACAUUUUCAGCUGUCUGAUUGUUUUUACAACCUGGGAAGAGUCAGGUUUGUGUGUGUGCGCGCGCGCUCCAACCUUCCGUUACCGAGGACAAGCCCCCCGGUACCUGGGGGGGGUCAGCCCCGCCAUGGCGCCUUCAGACUCCGGUGUGUCGGUGUGACCGGGGACACCGAUGGACGUGAGCAACGGCUGGACCUACUGCGUCAUCAUUUGUGCCGCGAGACACCGGUGACCGGAGUCGACAGGCUGUGGGUGGGUUGGCACAGCAGAGACGAGUUUCUGAAGACUGUUUUGCACAAACAACGCUACAAUGAAUGAGAGGCAGGCUCUCCACUCCAUAAUGAAGGACCUGGUUGCCCUCCAGAUGACGCGGUGUCAGCCUGUGUUGCCUUACGACAGCGGCAAACCCAAGCCAGCGGCUCAGGCCAACAGACAGGAUGAUGUCAGGAUAAAGUUUGAGUUCUCAGGCGAAAGGAGGAUCCUCAUGUUUGGGCGGCCUGUGCAGUUCGAGGAGAUUCAGCAGAAAGUAAAGGCAGUGUUUGGCCAGCAGCUAGACCUGCAUUAUAUGAACAAUGAGUUGUCCAUCCCUCUGCGAGGUCAGGAUGACCUGGACAAAGCAAUUGACUUGCUGGACCGAAGCUCCAACAUGAAGAGCAUAAGGAUACUGCUCCUCACUCAGGAGCACAGCAACGCCUCUACACCCUCCCAUCAUGCGCCCUGCAAGCAGGUGAGGAUCAAGUCGUCUCAGUCCACUGGAGAUGUCAGCACGGUGUACCAAUCCUCUGAGCCAAGGGGGCGCCACCUCUCGACUGGUUCUCAGAACACAGGGCGUAGUUCGCCGCCUCCCGGCUACGUCCCCGAACGCCAGCAGAGGAUUGCCCGCCAAGGUUCAUACACCAGCAUAAACAGUGAGGGGGAGUUCAUCCCCGAGACCAGCGACCAGUGCGUGCUGGAUCCCUGGAGCAGCGCAGAGAACUCGGUUUCUGGAAGCUGUCAGUCUCUGGACAGCAACUCAGACAGCCCUUCACUGAGGAAGUCUCGUAUGCACAGAGCCAAGAGUUACCCUGAUAAUCGUCAGGAGUGCUCAGACAGGGAGAAUCAUGUGUAUGACAGGGUAGCAGGGAAGGGAGGCACCUAUCCUCGGAGGUACCACGUUUCUCUGCAUUACAAGGACCACAGUGAAGGUCGUCGAACAUUUCCACGGAUCCGUCGUCCGCAGGGAAACCUGUUCACUCUGGUGCCCUCACGGCGGUCGCUCAACGGCAGCGAGGAGAGUCUGGGCAGCUGGCAGCUGGUCGAUGCACAGGGCAGGCUGCGACCUCAGGAUCGCUCUGUGGCCCAUAAGUCGCCCAGUGCUCCAGUGACGUGGCGUCGAGGGAAGCUCCUGGGUCAGGGUGCGUUUGGUCGGGUUUACCUGUGCUACGAUGUGGAUACUGGGAGAGAACUGGCUGCCAAGCAAGUCCAGUUUGAUCCUGAUAGUCCAGAGACCAGCAAGGAGGUCAGUGCUUUGGAGUGCGAAAUCCAGCUGCUGAAAAACCUGCAUCACGAACGCAUCGUUCAGUAUUACGGCUGUUUGAGGGACCACAAUGAGAAGACCCUCACUAUUUUCAUGGAGUACAUGCCGGGGGGCUCAGUCAAAGAUCAACUGAAGGCCUACGGAGCUUUGACGGAAAAUGUGACCCGGAAGUACACCAGACAGAUCCUGGAGGGGAUGUCGUAUCUGCACAGCAACAUGAUUGUACACCGGGACAUCAAAGGUGCCAACAUCCUGCGGGAUUCAGCGGGCAACGUGAAGCUCGGAGACUUUGGUGCCAGCAAGAGGCUGCAGACCAUCUGCAUGUCUGGCACCGGCAUCCGCUCCGUUACCGGCACCCCCUACUGGAUGAGUCCGGAGGUGAUCAGCGGAGAGGGCUACGGCAGGAAGGCUGACGUCUGGAGCCUGGGUUGCACGGUGGUGGAGAUGCUGACAGAAAAGCCUCCGUGGGCCGAAUACGAGGCCAUGGCAGCCAUAUUCAAGAUCGCCACCCAGCCCACCAACCCGCUACUGCCCUCGCACACCUCCGACCAGGCGCGGGACUUCAUCCGCUGCAUCUUUGUGGAGGCCAAACACAGGCCCAGCGCUGAGGAGCUGCUCAGACAUCCCUUCUCCCAAAUCCUGUGCUCAGACCUGCCCAGUUUCUGAACCUUAACCGCAGCGUCGCACAGGAGCUUCAGCAGCAACCGUAGCUUCCAUUGAAACCCUUCCGUGGUGGAAAAUCCAGACAUGGAAGUCAGUGUUAAGCAUUUUGAUGCUUCUAAGAAGAUUCUCACAUACAAAUCCAAAGAACAGUUUGACAACAGCAGUCGACACGGUGCCUUGAAAGCCAGCAUGUGCUCUUCCGCGAGCCUCCACAAGGAGGAAACAGAACACAGACCAAGUGUGUGAUUUCUGCACACACAGGCACAAAUGAUGCACCCCAACGGCAGCAUUAUGGACUCAUAGCUCAUGCACCAGUUGUGUCAUCCUGUGUUUACAUUCAGUUGUUAUGCAGUCGUGAGAAAUACCAGGAAUCCCUAAAGUGUUUGACAUUGAAACAUUUAGCUGUGCACCAUUUUAAAGCUAUAACAGGCCUAAAGCUCUGAGUUUGCCCGGUGGAUGCAGAAUGCCACUGAUGCACAAUAGCGUUAAUUGGACAGGGUUCUUCUCCUUUUUUCUAUCUCUGUCUUUUUCUCCACAAAGGAAUCUCUGCUCUUUAACUUCAGCUCUUAAUUUAAGCUGUUAAGGCACUUUUGAUUUCUGCCCCUCCAAAUUAAGAAAACACUUAGUGUGGUUUAGCUACCUUACAGUUUAUGAUAAUAACAAAGUCGUUAUCCUCAGUAGGCAUUGAUGCACCACUAAUACUCGGAUCAGAUUGUCAUCCUGUCAAUUACAUUUCAACAGCAUCCAUUUCUCUAAAUGGAUGCAGAUACUACAAAUAUUCUGUUUGUGGCAUAAACUUUUUAAGAUGCUACUCAAGUGGUAACUCCUGGUGCAGCAAACAGAACAUGUUUUCAACCAGAUAAUGUUUUUUAAAAAUUUGUAAAUUUGUAAGUUUUUCUAAGAUAAUCAAUUCUUAAUUUAUCUGAGAUGACUUGAACGGAGUGCUGAUGAAUGACCGGCUCAAACUGCUAUACACCAGUGAGCCAAAACAUUAAAACAAAGCUCUCAGGCCUUGAUGGGUCAGAGCUGUUUUGAGACUCCACAGUAAUAUACCGGUGGUUGUAAUGUUUUGUCUGAUGGGUGUAUGCUGAUGAUGUAGAAAAGCAUUCCCCUCACUAUCCCUGUUGAUGUCCUUCUACCUGUAAAGCUACCUAGUUUGCCACACUGCCUUAAUGCAUCCAGGACAUCUAAGACAAUAUGUGGAUUUCAUACAGCAUAGGAAUUUAUAUUCAAUAGUCUUGGUGGAUUUUUCCUUCUAAAGAGCUCAUAUUAUGCUUUUGAGUUUCUCCCUUUACUUUUUUGUGUUCUAUAAAUGUUUUGUUCGUGUCAGUGGUCUGUACACUUUCAAAGCCCAAAGGUGCUGUAGCAAUAUACAGUACGGGAAAAGUAAUGCUUAAAAAUAAAAAAAUUAAGGCACUUAAACAGAUGAUUGUAGGUCCAAAAAGUCAAAUUCUGAACUUAUAAAUAUGCAUAAUAUGGGCUCUUUAAGUUUUUCUUUUUGUCUGGACUCUUCAGUCUUGUUCUGCCUUUUGCCUCACUGUGACUUAUUCUUCUACCAGCCAACCAUCCUCCUCUUGUAGCUCUUCAAUACAGCAGGAGUUCUCAGCCGACAAAGUGCCAAAACAGGAGCAGAUGAAACAUGAUGCUGCAGACUUGGUAUCAGCUUUGUAUCAAAAGUAAAGCAGAUGUUGCUUUUUAUUGGUUUGAAAGUUAAUUUCAGUUUUUAAAAAAAUCUGUUGCCUUCUUCCUGUUCAAGUGUGUCUGGCCCAAAAUGAGGAGCUUUUAGCUUCAGGAUCAAUUUAAAUCAGAUGCACUUUUAUGUAAAAUGAAUGUUAUGGGGGUUUUGUUCAAAUUUCUUUCUUUCUUUCUUUUUUUUUUUUUGAACUUCAAAUGUGAAAAUUCGCUCACUUUUAUUUAUAUCCCCAUGUCCAUUCCAAUUAGAUGUUAUAAGUAAAUAUAAAUGUAUAAAUAUAUUUUUUAUAUUCAGACUGUGUCAAAUCUAAUGAUGCAUUCAGGACUUAGUGUUGUUAAAAGUAAAUCAUUGAAAGCAGCUGGUUUUGCCGACAUUACAAAAUUGGGGUUUAUAAAUGAAAAAUGGGUGGAAAAACGAACUCUGGCUGCCUGGUUCUUGUUCCAGUGCAGAUUUUUUUUUUUUUUCUUUCUCACACAUCCUUAGCUAUACAUUCAGAAGACAGUAUUACCUGACAGGUUAUGGAAACUUCACAUCAUUGGUCGUAGUGCUUCGACAAAUCUAUGAGGUCCCAUGAAUGAAACCUUUAAAGGCUAAACUUACAAAAGAAACUGCCGGGAAUAUUUUCUGUGUGAUCUCAGUGUUAUUAAAACAUAAUUAAGGGAUGUGUGUGAGCCAAAGACGAGCGGGAUCGGAGCCAGCGCUGGAUGUCAGAGUUCGCUGUUCAACCCAGACGACGACUUUGUUUAUCCCAGGGUUCAGACAACGAGUCCAGUAUUAAGUGAUUUUCUGGGCAAAGGGCUUGCUGCUGCCUUCAUGCUAAUACAGGAGUGUUUCUACGGAGCUGCUACACGCUAAAGGCAGCUAAAAUAUGUUCAGCGUUGAAAAUAAUGUGGUUCUGUUUGAGAAAAAAAAAGGACCCUGGGAUAAGCAAAUGAACACAAAAUAGUUGUUAGAAAUCUAUAUAUGUAAAUGUAUGAUAUGUAUCAUGACAAGACUUGCAGUGCAAAGUCUAAUGUAUCAAAUUUAUUUUACAGCAAGAAAAGAAUAGUAUGUUAUAUAUGACCUAUAUAUAUAUCAUGCCCUUUCUUGAAAACAAAUAAAUAGUUUUUAAAUACGUGUA